AUGAAACAAUGGAGGGCGUUGCUCUGGUCCGCCGCCUCCGCGGAGGCGCAUGCGCGAGGCGGGGGCUGCGACUUUGAAUUCGGGAGGCGCCUUCUAGAGUCCGGGCCGCGGAAAUUGUGUGGCGGAAGAGGUUGCCAGAGUUUGGUGUUACCUCAAAAAAGAACAGACUAUACAACACUCCAAGUUAGUAAUAGUUGUCAGACCAGUUUCACAGUCUGGAAAGUAAAAGAGAUACCAAGAAACUCAAGGUUCAUUAUGAAAACGAGUAAUCCAGUAGAUGAUGCUAAUGAUCAAGCUGAAGAUGCUCUGCAAAGAGCAAUGGGAUACUUUGAGAAAGGUCCCAAGAAAUCUUCACAGAGUAAAGAUGAGAACUUGGAAACACACUUGAAAGCUGUGGAAAAUGUGGCAUGGAAGAAUGGGCUACCUCCAGAAGCAAUCGACGUUCUAUUAAAUAUAGCACUUAGUGGCACAUUUGGGAAUGCUGUAAACACACGGCUAUUGAAGUGCAUGAUUCCAGCAACUCUAAUAGCAGAGGAUUCUGUGGUUAAGGCAGUCUCCUGGCUCUGUGUUGGCAAGUGUUCUGGUAGUAUCAAGGUACUUUUUUAUCGUUGGCUGGUUACAAUGCUUGACUUCAUUGAUCAUAAGGAACAAAUUAAUUUGCUCUAUGGCUUCUUUUUUGCUUCAUUGCAAGAUGAUGUCCUGUGUCCUUAUGUCUGCCAUUUGUUAUAUUUACUUACCAAGAAAGAUAAUGUCAAACCAUUUCGUGUGAGAAAAUUGCUUGAUCUUCAAGCCAAAAUGGGAAUGCAGCCACAUCUGCAGGCUUUGUUGUCGCUGUAUAAAUUCUUCACCCCUACUUUGAUUUCUGUAUCUUUGCCUGUAAGGAAGAAGAUCUAUUUUAAGACCUCAGAGAACCCAUGGACUUCAGCUUUGAUAGCUGUGAGGCAGAGAAACCAGAGACCUUCUGUAGGACCUUUAAAACUGACAUUAGGUCCAGAUAAUGGCCCUAAUGUAAAAAGAAAAUGGAAUUCUCACUCACUUAUACCAGUGCUAAAUUCUGGUACCUACGCUAGAGAAUGUGGGAAAAGAGUGAUGAGUCUUUCUGAUUAUCUCAAUCGCAAUAGAUCCCUCCCAGUUGAACAACUUCAAAGUUUUCCUCAACUUUUACAGAAUAUCCAUUGCUUAGAGCUGCCUGCUCAGAUGGGAUCAGUGCUAAACCACCCACUCCUUCUUCACUAUAUUAACUGUGUCAGAGACGAGUCAAUCUUACUGAGGCUGUAUCACUGGUUGAGUCAAACAUUACAAGAAGAGUGCCUUUGGUAUAAGAAGAACAAUUAUGAACAGGGAGAAGAAUUUAUGAACCUCCUGGACACUGUCAUCAGGGCACAGUGCUUCUUACAAGAGGGGUUUUAUUCCUGUGAAGCAUUCCUGUAUAAAAGCUUUCCUCUCUGGGAUGGUAUCUGUUGCCGAUCACAGUUUCUGCAGCUCAUGAGCUGGAUUCCUUUUAGCAGCUUCUCUGAAAUAAAGCCACUUCUAUUUGACCAUCUGGCACCUCUCUUUUUUACUUCAACUGUUUAUUUCAAGUGUAGUGUUCUUCAGAGUCUUAAAGAACUGCUUCAGAAUUGGCUGUUGUGGCUUUCUGUGGACGUCCCCCAGAGUCCGAUGACAUGCAGUCCUCUGGACACGACUUUGGGUGCAUCCAUCAUCUCUGUGUCUAAACUGAUUGAAUACGUAGGAUGGCUGUCAACAAUAGCAUUGCGCCUGGAGAAUAACAGUGCUUUCUUGCUGCAUUUCAUUUUGGACUUUUAUGAGAAGGUGUGUGACAUAUAUAUAAAUUAUAACCUUCCAUUAGUGAUGUUGCUUCCUCCUGGGAUCUUUUAUUCUGCACUUCUCAGCCUGGAUACCAGUAUCUUGAACCAGCUCUGUUAUAUUAUGCACAGGUAUCGUGAUAACAUGACUGCUGCAAAGAAAAAGGAUAUGUUGGAAAAGACAAAAUCAGAGUUCAAUUUCAGCAGCAAGACCUGUGAAGAAUUUAAUAACUAUUUGACAGUCAUGAUUGGUUGCCUGUGGACAUCCAAACCUUUCAAGAAAGAAAUGUAUAUUGAACCCCACAUCCUAGGAAAAGCUAAAGUAACAGAGUAUAAGAGCAAUUUAAAUUUAGUUCUUCAUCCUUCUCUACUAAAUUAUGCUGCUUCCUUUUUGCUACAGGAAAACCCUGAAGAAAAGGCAGUAAAUGUAGACACUAUUCGGGGACAGAAAUGGAAUAAGUAUUUGGACUAUUUGUUUUCAGAAGGGUUACAAGGCUUGAAACUCUUUAUACAAAGUAGUGUUCAACGUUUUUAUGCCCCCCAGUAAGAGUAUAACCAAAGUGAUCGACAUUAAGUGAAAGUUGAUGCUUUCACUGUUUUAUAAACUGACUGUUGUCUUCAAGUAUUACCCAGCCCUGUCUACUAAUGAAAAAUGCCCUCUUCCUCGCCAGAGGCUCUUUCCAUCAUGAAGAGUCACAUCUGCUCUGGGGUGAGCUUUGUCACAUUCUCAUGUACUGUAUAAGUUGCAUUGCUAAAAGAUAACAGGUAAUGCAUACUAGCAGUUAACCCACAUGCACUUAUGCCAACCAUUUGGCCAGCUGCUUCUUUGAAAUCUCCAGGAUAUUACUGAUUUGUUCAAUGAACAGCGGCACCAGUACCAAAUGAAUGGCAUAUAACACAUGGGAUUUGCAAAGCCCUUAGUAGCUGAUGGCUUCCUGGUAGCAAUCUGAUGAGGGAAGGAAGUGGAGAAGAUUGUCAGGAGAGUGAAGAAGAUAUUUCUGUUUAUAUUGUUUUGAUUUCAUGAAACUGUUCUAUUUUAUUUGGGUAUAUAUCUAUAUGCCAAGUUUUUAAAUGUUGAGACUUAAACAAACUAAUUACUGUUUUGCUAUUAGAAGUAAUUCUGAACUUUAAAAAAAAAUUGAUAGCAGCAGCUAGAAUACCCUGCUGAAAAUUUAUACUGAAAUUUUGUUUUAGUAUUACGGAAUAGCUCUCUUCUUUUUAAAUAAAAUUGACGUAAUUUUAGAAGAAUAAAGCUGAAUUUGUCUUUUAAGGCCAGAUCCUUUUUCUUUUUCCCCCCUUUCCAUUAAAACAAAAACUGUAUUAUUAAAUGUUCAGACUAGAAAUACUAUAUAUCUACUCAUUUAUUGAAUUAACAUUUGUUGAGUUUCUUACCAUGUGCCAGGUUCUUCUGUGUGCUAGUUUUAUACCUGCUUUUAUAUUGCUUAGAAUCCAAUGAAGACAAACAAUAACAAGCUAAGCAAACAUUUCAUACUAGGUGCGAUUCAUAAAAUGCCUAGAAUAGGGAUAGACUUUGGAGAGGCCUGGUACUGCAAAUAAGAAGGCUUAGAGAAGACCUGUUUGAGGAGAUAAUGUCAGCUCAGACACUAGUGAAGGAAGUAUAUGAUCCAAGUGUCUAUUUGGGGAAAGGGCAUUCUGAGCAGAGGUAAAGUCAAAGGAAAAAGCUCUAAAAUGUUGAUUUACAAGGUAGAUUUAAGGAGUAGCAGGAGGUCAGAAAGAUUAUAGUACAAUGAUAAAGUGAGAAGAAGGGUGAGAAAUCAAAUAGGGAAGAAAGCCAGAGACCAUGUCAUGAAAGAUUAUUACAGCCUGGUACAGAUGUGUAAAUGUAAGCCAUUAGAGCCACUGAGAAAGAAAGACAUAUAUGAACAUACAGAUGUAGAAUGAAAGCUACAGGAUUUCAGAGGCAGGCAUAGAGACCAGUUAUUACCACAUUUUAGCCAAAGGUUUUAGAUCGGUAUCAGAGGUUAUCAGGGAGGUGGUUAGGUAUUAGUUGCAGACUCUUGUUUUGAAUUUAUCAAAAUUUGAAUCUGCUGGUAGCUUGGUUAUGAGGAGGAGGAUAUCCUACAUGUUUCCUAGGUGACUCUAAAUCUCUCUUAGAUGUCUCUAGAUUUUUGACCUGAUUAGCUAGGUACAUUCUGAAAUUCAGAGAUGAGGCAUACUAAAGGAAUAACCAAAGCAUUUGUUGAAAUCACCUAGUGCAACUAGAGGAAAGUGGUAGAGAUGCUAACAUUAAGAAAUAUGCUAACAUUAAGAAAUAGAGAGGAGUCAGCAAAAAAUUGAGGACUUAUCAAUGAGCUAGGAAAAAAACCUCAGAAGACUGCUCUCCUUGAUGCCAAUGAAGAAAGUGUUUCAAAAAAUUGUAUUUCUAUAUGUUCUCACAGCAGAAGCUUAAAAAGUUGAUCUCUUAAUAGUGAUUAUCAAGAAGCUGGGAAGAGUAGGAAUGAGCAGAGAGAGGGUUGGCUAAUAAGUAUAGAGGUAUCCUUGCAUAGGAGGAAUAACUUCUAAGAUUCUAUAGCAUGGGGUAACUGAUUGCCAACAAUUAAUUGUAUACUUCAAAAUAGCUACUAGAGAAGAUUUUGAAUGUUUCACCAACACAAAAUUACAUGUGUUUGAGAUGAUUACCUGAUCAUUUAUAUUGAAACAUCAUAUUGUGUCUUUAAAUAUGUAUAAUUUGUCGACUAUUUUGUGAGUGAAUAAUAAAA